UGUUCGCAAUCUGUGUCGGCAUUUCUCAACUAGAGGCUCUACUGUUUGACCUCUGCUGCAUCUACCCACGAUCAAUAUACAUAACAAUCAACUACAUAUAUUAUAUAUUCGAUCGAUCGGUUCUAUAAAAGCGGGCUUCCUAGCGCUGCAUUCAUACAGUAAACCUGUUGUACAAUAUGGAUACGGGACGUUUUCUGAUGAUGUUCGGGCUGAUUGCCGUCGCUUUCUGCGUCUGCCUUGCCAGUGCUGAGGAGGUGUCGACGGACAAGCCACACACUCAUGUGGAGCAUCGCAAUGGCGUGGAUAUCUCCAUACCCGGUACGACCCCGUCAAAGGCUGUGUUGCCAACACCUCAAGCCCCUCAAGCCGCUCAAGCCGCUCAAGCCCCUCAAGCACCUGUACCCCGACCCCCCCUUUUUACGAAUCUAGGCUUCAACAAUGUUCUACAAAAUGGAGCUGGCAGCAUCUUUACUCGUCCCGAUGGCCGAACUGUUUUGCUUGGAUCUGGAGGCCAGACACUUGUGACUGGAGGUGACUCAGAUAGCGAUGAGGAGGAUGACGAUGAUGUUAGGAACUUCAAUUCUGGAUCAAAUGUGUUCUAUAAUAGCCAAUACUUUAGUAAUGCUGGUUAUGGUGGCACUACGAUUAUCAAUGGCUAUCAAUUCAACAUUGUCGAUGGUGGCAUUCAGCUGAAGAUUGGCGAUAAGGUGUACAACUAUCCGGCAAAGGAUGCAAGUGUUAAGUCCAAAGAGACGGUCGACAUCAAUGGUCAACAGGCCACACUGGAGUACGACAAUGGCAACAUUGUCCUCCAAUUGGCUGAUGGCACUGUCUUUGCCAAAACCGAGAAUGGCAUAUUCAGUGGCAAUCGUGAAUCAUACGAGAAUCGUGGAAAGCUCCACCAAGCUGCACUUGAUCAAGCUGCCAGGGUGCAACAAGAGGUGGCUGAGCUGCAGAAUCGCAUACAAGCCCAAAUGCAACAACUGCAGGCGAAUCUCGAGAAUACCUUCAAGAAUGGUAAUUUUCCUUUCUAAAGUGUUACGUGGCCACUGUCAGUAGUCGUGCAUACCCGCAAAAACUGCUUGCGCAUACCUUAUACAUUUUACUAACGAACAAGCAAAACGAAUAAAACACAUUGCGUUGAGUUAUUCAAAAGUGUA